GAUUUUUGUUUUUUGUUUGUUGUGUGACAGAGGGUGGUGGUGUUUCUUUAUGCAAUCGUUGUCCGGAGUCCAAGUCAAUGGGUGUGUGCAUGAACAUAGGCUGCUUCCGGUUUUCUGAGUGGGUCUUCUUCCACACGGGAGAAAAUAAUUGGAUCACUGCUCCACCCAAACAAAGCUCAUAGAUCCAUUAUGAAAACAAAACCAGUGAGUGCUUUAGGAAAAGUAGCACUACCAACCUAUCAAUAAGCACCCGGGUUAAAAAAUUAAAAGAAAAAAAGACCGUUGUAACAGAAAUACGAACAUGAACAACCUUUUAAACCAUUUAGACCCUUUACGGUGACCUCUCCAAUGUUACUACUUAACGUAACGCUUUGGAGUUGAAAUUGGAAGACCCAAAUAAAAACUACCUCACUACCGUUUUCUUCUGCACUCUUCCAAGUCCAAACAUGUUGCGACUCCUUUUUCUUCUCUUCCUCUCAUUCUUCUCACUUCUCCCCACCGUCAUAUCUGACGACCGUCAAAUUCUCCUGAAACUAAAAUCAUCCCUUCAGAACUCAAAUUCCAAACUCUUUGACUCAUGGAACGACACCAGUUCUGCGUGCAGUUUCGACGGCGUCGUUUGCAACUCCCUUCAUUCCGUCACCGAAAUCGACCUUUCCCAUCGAACGCUAUCCGGGGUUCUCCCUUUCGACUCUCUCUGCAACCUUUCAUCGCUUCAGAAACUCGCGUUCGGUUUCAACAACUUGCACGGAAGAGUUGCAGAGGAGCUUAGGAACUGCGUUAAGUUGAAGUACUUGGACUUGGGCAACAACCGCUUCUCUGGUCCCUUCCCUGAUAUAUCUCCUCUAAAUCAAUUGCAGUACCUAUAUUUGAACCAAAGUGGGUUUUCGGGAGCUUUUCCAUGGCAGUCCCUGCUGAACAUGACGCAAAUGUUGCAGCUAAGUGUCGGAGAUAACCCUUUCGAUCUCACGCCGUUUCCUUCAGAGGUGGUGAGCCUCAAGAACUUGAAUUGGCUCUAUCUAUCCAAUUGCACUCUCGGUGGGAAACUACCGGUUGGGAUUGGUAACCUCACGGAGCUUAUCGAUCUGGAAUUCUCCAGCAAUUUCAUCACCGGCGAUUUUCCCGCGGAAAUCGGGAACCUUAGGAAACUGUGGCAGCUUGAGUUCUACGACAACUCCUUCACGGGAACGAUUCCAAUUGGGUUGAGAAACCUCACGGGGCUUAGCAAUUUCGAUGGGUCCUCGAACAAACUCGAAGGGGAUUUGUCUGAGUUGAAGUACUUGAACAAUCUGGUUUCGCUUCAACUUUUCGAGAACAAUUUGUCUGGGGAGAUUCCGGUUGAGUUAAGCGAGUUCAAACGCCUCAAGGCUCUGUCUCUGUACAGGAACAAAUUGGUAGGUCCUAUUCCUCAGAGAAUUGGUUCUUGGGCCGACUUUGAUUUCAUCGACGUGUCGGAGAAUUUCUUGACGGGUCCGAUUCCGCCGGACAUGUGCAAAAUGGGCACGAUGACCGCGCUGCUCGUGCUUCAGAACAACCUCACCGGCGAGAUUCCGGCGAGUUAUUGUAACUGUUUGACCCUGAAACGGUUCAGAGUAAGCAAAAACUCGCUCACCGGCACCGUCCCUCCGGCGAUUUGGGGGUUGCCAAACGCGGAAAUAAUCGAUAUUGAAGUGAAUGAGUUGGAAGGUUCGGUUACUUGGGAUAUCAAAAACGCGAAAAAACUCGCCAGUAUAUUAGCCAGGGGGAAUCAAUUAUCCGGUGAAUUACCUGAGGAAAUCUCAAAAGCGACCUCGUUAGAGAGUAUCGACCUGAGUGAGAAUCAAAUUACGGGGAACAUUCCAGAAGCAAUUGGCGAGCUUAAACAACUGGGUAGCCUUCAUUUACAGUGCAACAAGUUAACCGGCUCCAUACCGGAAUCGUUAGGUUCCUGUAAAUCGCUAAACGACAUUGAUAUAGCAAAAAACUCACUCUCCGGAAAAAUCCCAUUGUCGUUUGGUUCUUUCCCCGCUCUGAAUGCUCUUAACCUGUCAGAAAACGAACUCUCGGGUGAAAUCCCGGGGAGCCUAGCGUUCCUCAGGUUGAGCCUCUUUGAUUUAUCGCAUAACCGGUUAACCGGUCCGAUUCCACAGGCUCUAACUAUUCAAGCUUACAACGGAAGCCUCACCGGAAACCCCGGUUUGUGCAGCGUGGACGCCAUUGGCACGUUCCCGCGUUGCUCUGCUUCCUCCGGCAUGUCGAAGGACUUGCGUGCACUCAUCAUUUGCUUCGCGAUAGCUUUGUUGUUGUUGCUCUCUUGCUUGGGAAUUUACUUGCAGCUGAAGAAGAAGAAGAAGGACGAGGAGAAAUACGGAAGAGGAGUGGGAGAGCGUUCGUUGAAGGAAGAAUCUUGGGACGUGAAAUCCUUCCACGUGUUAAGUUUCACGGAGGGGGAGAUUCUAGAUUCCAUCAAGCAAGAGAAUCUCAUAGGAAAAGGAGGUUCAGGGAACGUGUACAGAGUCACGCUUUCCAACGGAAAAGAACUCGCGGUAAAGCAUAUAUGGAACACCGAUUUCACCACGGGAAAAAGGUCGUGGAGUGGAACUCCGAUGCUUGCGAAGAGAAGUGGGAAAUCGAAGGAGUUCGACGCGGAGGUGCAGGCUUUGAGCUCGGUGCGCCACGUGAAUGUGGUGAAGCUUUAUUGCAGCAUAACGAGCGAGGAUUCGAGUUUGUUGGUGUAUGAGUAUUUGCCCAAUGGGAGCUUGUGGGAUCGGCUUCACACGAGUAGGAAGAUGGAGCUUGAUUGGGAAACGAGGUAUGAAAUCGCGGUUGGCGCAGCCAAAGGGUUGGAGUAUCUGCAUCAUGGGUGUGAGAGACCUGUAAUUCAUAGAGAUGUUAAGUCUAGUAAUAUUUUGUUGGACGAGUUUUUGAAACCUAGGAUCGCGGAUUUCGGACUUGCUAAGAUUGUUCAAGCCAACGUUGGCAAAGAUUCUACUCACGUCAUUGCCGGAACUCACGGUUAUAUUGCUCCUGAAUAUGGGUACACGUACAGGGUGAAUGAGAAGAGUGACGUGUACAGUUUUGGAGUGGUGUUGAUGGAGUUGGUGACGGGUAAGAGGCCAAUAGAACCAGAAUUUGGAGAAAAUAAGGAUAUUGUGAGUUGGGUGCAUAUCAAGGCACGGGGGAAAGAGGGGCUUAGGAGUGCGGUGGAUUCGAGGAUCCCAGAGAUGUAUAGAGAGGAAGCUUGCAAGGUAUUGAGAACAGCGGUUCUGUGCACUGCAACUCUUCCAGCUUUAAGACCCACCAUGAGAGCUGUGGUUCAAAAGCUUGAGGAUGCUGAGCCUUGUAAAUUGGUUGGAAUUGUCAUUAGCAAAGACGGUAGUGGAAAGAAGAUAGGAGUCAACGAUAAAUAAAGCUCCUGCCCUAAAAUUUUUGGAUCAUCGAAGGGAACCACCCAACUAGUUAGCUAGAAUGUAAAUUUUGAUGGAAGAGGGAAAAUAUUGUAAAAUAUUAGCCAUGGCUUCUUAAAUCAGUAUAUUUUGAAAUGGGAGACCAGAGUAGGAAAAAGGGUCUCAACCUCUUAAUCCCAAUAAAAAUAAGAAGCAAAUUCCUUUUUCCUUACUAAUAUAUGAAACUGAGUAGUUUUUCAAA